CGCUGGGUACAUGGUGCCGGCGGAGCUGAGGGUGGUUGUUGGGAGAAUCGCGGCGGGUCAGGCCGGACUGGGCGCUCCCGGGAGGCCUGUGGCGGCGGCUCGCCGCCCGAGCAGCCCCGGAACCGGGAGGCCGGGCCGCCAUCGCAGGCAGCGCUGCCAGCAAGGAACGGCGGGGCUGAGCCAGAUGGAAAAAAAAGAGUUCAUGGGUGCUAGUCCACAUAAUAGCGGAGGCUGAGUAGGCGUGAAGGAGAGUAUAUAGUGUGAGUGAGAACUCUCAAACCCCCUGCAAGGCUUUUUUCUAUUAAAGGGGGAAAAAAAAAAAAGUAAAAAGGAAGAAGACAUGAAUCCUACAAAUAACGAUCAAGCAUUUUGGACCAUUUUUGACUGGGACUAUCUCUUAUGGGAAGUUCGUUUGAUGUUUUUAGCUGCUGGUUUUUUAAUCUACCUGGGAGUAUUUCUUCUGUCUCACUGGUUAUCCUCCCGGAUGAGUACCACUUAUCGUGCCUUGUAUGCAAAGGAGAAGGUGUUUUGGAAUAUGGCAGUCACACGUGGUGCGUUUGGACUUCAGAGCUGUGUUGCUGGGUUAUGGGCUUUGCUCAUAGAUCCCGUUUUUCAUGCUGACAAGGUGUAUUCACAGCAAAAGUGGAGCUGGUUUAACUGUUUAAUAGCUGCUGGAUUUUUUUUGCUUGAAAAUGUAGCUGUUCACAUGUCCAACAUCGUUUUUAGAACGUUUGAUGUGUUCCUCGUGGUUCAUCACUUACUUGCUUUUGGUGGCUUGGCUGGUCUAGUAAUCAAUGUAAAAUCUGGACAUUACCUACCUUUGAUGGGAAUGUUGCUAGAGAUGAGUACUCCCUCAACCUGCAUUUCCUGGAUGCUUCUAAAGGCUGGCUGUGCAAACACCUUUUUCUGGAAGGCAAAUCAGUGGGUAAUGAUCCACCUGUUUCACUGCCGCAUGAUUCUCACUUACCACAUGUGGUGGGUGUGUAUUUUCAACUGGAAUUCUGUGGUAGAAAACCUGGGACUUCUCCAUUUUAUUGUUUUAUUCUCUGGAUUAUUUGCCGUCACACUAAUACUUAACCCAUACUGGACAUACAAAAAAACUCAGCAGCUCCUCAGCCCAACUGACUGGAACUUUGAAAAUAAAGCAACAGAAAAUGGAAAGUUAAAUGGUGAAACAUCCCAAAAGAAGGGGAUGUAACACUAGAACAUCUGUUUCCUAGUGUGAUAUUGGACUACAGCAGAAGAAUACACUGCAAACUAAUUGGCCCAUGAAAUCGAAGCUUCUGCAAGAAUCUCAUUAAUGCAGACAUUCCUUGCUGUUUGUAUUCAGAAUGCAUCAGUAGUAUUUAAAAAUGUUGUCUGUAUUUCAUACGUACAUAUUCAUAAAUGUUCAGCAUUAUGCCAAUGAUUUUGUCUGUAUUUAGACAGUAUUUCAUGGUUUAACAGUGACAUUCUCUAAUGGUAUCCUUUGUCCUACUGCUUCAAAAUGGCUUUAUAGCUAACUUACCCACUAAUCUUAGCUUGAAUAGAAUUUAGCUUUAUUCUCAUUUCACAUAUGUUGGAGAUACUGCUACUGAAAAUUAUGUUUAGAAGAUUAAGAUCAAUUCUGACCCCAAAUAGGUAUGGUGUGGAUACCUGUGUGCCAUGAAAUAUUUCCCUCUGGAUUAAUUGGUCAAGUGGCAGAAUGCAGUCAUGGCUCAGUUUGUGGGUCUUUCCUUAAGUGCACUUGAUGAAAAGGAGGAGACAGUUAAGUGUUUGCUAUCAAAAGGAAUUGUAGUACCCAGGUUGCCUUCAGUAUGAGACUUUAUAUCCACAGCAAACAUGCACGUGGUGAGGAGUGGGAACACCUGCUCAUUGUGCUGCUGGUCAUGCUAGGUAAUCAUGGUGGUCCUUUCUGGACUUGAAAUCUAUGAAAGACAAGAGUCAGUGGCUGUUUAACCCUUGAUGAAUUUGUUGGGUGAUAGGUAAGAUUAUCUUCUUUGUAGGUCACAAAUGAAUAAAGGUGCAAUUAGUUCCACUAGUGCUCCUGUUACACUUCCUCUUAUUUUUGGAAGACCUCUUAGUUACAGAGGGUUUUAGAAUAUGAGGUGACUCAUAGAAUUGUAGAAUGGCCUGGGUUGGAAAGGACCACAAUGAUCAUCCAGUUUCAACCCCCCUGCUACGUGCAGGGUCACCAACCAUCAGACCAGGCCGCCCAGAGCCACAUCCAGCCUGGCUUUGAAUGCCUCUGGGGAUGGAGCACUCAUCUUUGGAGAAAAGCCUAUUGUCACCUCUUUCAGAAGUUCUUUUAUUCCUGUAGUGUUUUUAUUUCUGCUUUGAAGAACACAGAAGGUGAGGUUAUCAAUUUUUUGCACUUUAUCUACCAUAUUUUUAAGGUUUUAACUGACCUCAGGAACAGAGAGUAUGUUUGGAUGGUGAUUUGGCAAGUUGUGGAGGUUGUAUUUGUUCCUGGGUGCAGUUUGGGACAGCAGAUCAGAGUAUAAAGAUCACGAUAGAAGAGAGUGACACCUAUUGGCAGGAGAGAGACAAAGAUACCUAAUUAAUGUUGAUAUACUAUUGAGAUAAAAACCAUGUCAUUUGAAACGUCAUCAUAUGCUGUGAUAUGACACAGUUUUAUUUACCAAAAUAAUCAGACCAGACAAGCUAAACCUGUGAAGAGCUUUCGGUUGAGACAUGUAUGAGGCUUUGUGCCCUGCUAUGUGUGGUAGCAUAGUAUUUAAAAUGGCAGAGGGGAGUGGGGAGAGGAGAGUACUGUCUUAGUGCAAACAAGCCCAUUUCAUUACAUUUGGUGGGAAUGUCUUUUAUUUUGUUUGGGUGAGGCUGAGGAGGUUACUGUGUUCCCUAAUUCCUUAAUAAGAUCUUUUGCAUCUCUUGCUAUGUAUAUAAUGUAUAAUAUCUAAGAGCACCUGUUAACCUCAAUGCUGCUAGACCUGCUAGAACAGGAGAUCUAUGCAAUAAUACAAAUAAUAGCAUUCACUUUCUAUUCCUUUUGGUUUGAAGGGUGAGAGGGUUUUACAGUCCAUAUAGAAAUAGUACAGAACACGAAAAUAGACAACAUUUCUUCAGUUCUGUUACACAGAGCCUCUAUUUUCUUCGUUGCAGGUUCUAGUGUCUAAUUACAUUACAUCCUGCAUUUCCCCCAAAUAAAGAUUAGCUACAGUUAGCUUAGAAAUUUUGUCAAUUUGAAACAAAUCCCAGACCUUUUGGGCAUCUUUUAUAAGACCUCAUCUGCAAUCUGAUACAGAAAGAAAUUUGCCAUCAGCAUCAGUGGGGAUAGGAUCAGGUCACAGGCUGUGCUGCUGCCAUGAUUUGGAAAACUUUUGCGUAAUGUUCUAGGAUGAUUUUGCUAGCCUAGGUGACUAUGCAAUACUUCGUCUUGCUUUCUUUUUGGGCAGGUAUUUGAGGAGUGCUGCUUGCAUCUCCUCUCUGGUUGAAGGUGGUUGUUUUUUUCUUUUUAAAAGAUGACUGGUUUGGGGUAUGGUUUUUGUGAGUACGUGUCUUUCUGCUGCUGUUCUUUUAAAAAAAACAGCAAAAUGUCUGAUCUGAGGGUUGGACCCUAUCCAGACAUCUAGUUCUGUGUUCAUACAUUCCUAAAUCGGAGUUUGUUUUCCUCCGUUUGCAUCGUGUUUUUUCCAAAAUCUGUUGUCAUUUUCCAAAACCUGCCUAUGGUAUUUAUUCCUGCCUGCAGUACUGGUCAUGAUCCAGCAGCAGUCACAGUAGUCCAGCAGUGACUUUUGCUGACAGUUUCUAGCAUGUACUCUUGAGCUUUUUCUUUUGUUAAAUGCCCAUGUCCAGUUUUUUUUUUCCCUGAUAGCACUGAUGAGCUAUUGAUGUUGUACAGUUACAAAAGAUGCUUUACUUAACCUCAGGGAAAUUCCACUUAAAGUGAAUUUAGAAGUAUUAAUGAAUUAAUAAAUUCAAGUCUGUUCCUUACACAAUGUAGUAUUUGUUGAAUGCAUCUUUAUGCUGAGUGCAUGAAUAAAAGUAUUUUAUUGAGCAGUUGUAUACCAUGAGUUUCAUUUGCUGAUUAAAAUAAUGCCUCUG